AUGGCCGCGACUCCGGCCGCAGUCACCUGCGAGAAUGAUCCAAAUUUUGGAACCAUUCUCUCGUUCAUGGAACAGUUCGGCCCAUUCCUGGACGUCGGCGAGUGGAACAUUGCCGAGCUACGGUCGAUGCUAGUGAACACCGAAACGGUUCCUCAAGCACUGGCCGAUCUGCACAUCAAGCUGAUGCGGAAGAUAAACAAAAAGGUACCGGUAGCCCGCUGGGAGCUGGCGUUGGCCAAAUUCGCACACUCGUACUCGCACCAAGACGCCUGGGAAAUCGAACGGUUCGGCUACAAAACGGCCAAUUUGGCCGUGAAGCUGCGCGUCCUGAAGGCACUACUCGAGGGACAGUUCGAUUUGAACACAAAGUUUAAAACCCACAUCAACACGACCGGUGCCGGCGAGCUGCGGUUAGAUCCGCUGGGCCGCGACCGGCAGGGCAACUGUUACUGGUACUUUAUGGACGAGAGUGCCAACUUGCAGAUCUAUCAAACGGACGCUGAGAUGGACACGUGGACACUGGUGGCCAGCAAUCGGGAAGAGUUUGUAAACGUGAUCGAGAUGCUGAAAGAGAAUAGACCGAUCCAACCGCUUCCGAUGGUGAUGCCCGUGGAAGAGGAAGACGAGGAAGAGGACGAGAGUGCCGAGAGUACGAGUGAAUCGGAAGCGAUGCGUCUGGGCACGAUUCCGGCACCGACGGAAGCACUGCCCAGUUUGAUCAUAUCGCGCCGCACGUACAAAACGGCCGAAUCCUCCGUGACCGCCGAGACUGGCGAAGAAGGAAAGAAUGGCAGCAAACAGGACGUGGUAGACGAUGAAGCAGAAGCAACACCGGAUGGGCCACCGGGCAAAGUGCUUGCAGAACAACAACCGCUCGGUGAGGAACCAGCGAAGGAUAGCGCUGAACAACAAGAACAGCAUUCUAGCGGACUGCCGGAAACGAAGACGGACGACGGAGCUGAGUCGGAGCCGGCGGGUGUCGAGCCAAUGGAUCUUGAAUCGGAAAAACGGACCGACACGGAAGAAGCGAUAUCGAAGGAAGAGGACAAGAGCAUAAAAAUGGACGUGGACGAGGAGCAGGAGCAAGUGCCUUCACCAAAGGUGAAGCCAGAUGAGUCGAAAGUGCAUACGAAUAAUCCAGCGAAUCAGAUGCAACCGACCGCCAAAGUGGAUUGCGCGGAGACGAACGAAUCAGUGCCCGAUACAAAAGGAUUCUCGCACCUUGAGAACGUCGAAGCCGAUGACACCGAGAAGCCGCCAAGGGACGAAGAACCCAGUAAGGAAUCGAUGGUAGGAGAAGCGAUCGAAGAUCCACCGUUGGUGGUACAAGGCGCCGGAACUGGCGCCGAGUGCGACAGUAGUGUGGAGCCCAUGUUUAGCGAAGUGGUCGAAGAACCGAUCAUGUUUUUCUACGGAUUCGGCACCGGAGCGGACAACGAUAUGGGUAAUACGAAGAAGCUGGAAUCGACGGAAGCCGCAACGCACGAAACUACUGCUGCGAAAGGGGCCGGAAAUGGCGAGGGCAAUCCGCAUUCGUCUACCGACGAUACCAAGCCGGAGGAGGACGAUGGCAAUGAAUUGGCCCCGUCGAAGAACACACCAUUAUCUACCAAAGAAAGCAUCGAAUCGGAAGAGCAGCAGCGACAGCGGCAUGAUGGUGACGGCGCAAACGAUGGAGCCGAUUCGGAGGAACUGCCUGAGAAAACGGACCCCAAACUGAACCGAAAGUCGUCACCAGCCAUAUCGGUACGCGGUAAAAGAUCCGAGAGCCGGGACGAAGCUGUAACUGCUGCAGUGGCUGCUGUGGUGGUGGAGAGAAAGCGUGGCCCAGGUCGAAAAGCGGCCGCCCCGAGAAAGCUUCUAACAACGGUAGCACCAACGGAAGAAGCCUCGUCACAGGAAGAGGAACUAGAACUGUACACAAAGCUGGUGGCCCCGGAGGGCACAACGAAAGCGGAUGCCGUUAAGGAACCCGAGGAUGCAAAAGGUCCACUGAAGACGGAGAAAAACGGCGACCACCGGCCUGCCACACAGUCGGUGGAGGAGAAAGGAGCUUUGAAAAAGGAAUUGACACCCGAGAGGAUGGUGGAGGCGUCGGCCGUCGCGAAACAUGAACCAUCUUCCGACUACACGGAAGUGGAACAGAAAGCGCCAAAGCAGAAUAACGAAUCCGAUCGCAAAGAUUUGGUGGUGGUGGAUCCUGCAGAGGAUCAGAAACCAGAGAUCGCUGCGGGGAUAAAACAAGAGGAACCCAGCGAUGCGGCGGCACCGCUAGUUCCGGAAGCGGAAGACAAACUAAGUCCAGCAAAGCGGAAGCGACGCCAUCGGAACGGAUUAGUCGACGGCCUGGACAUCUCGAUGGUGUUGGUGGAUGCGGGCUCGGACGGCGGUAAUAAUCCGCCGGUUCGCCAGUCCCGUCGCAUCGCGAUGCAGAAGAUCAAAGAGGAGACGAACCGACGGCAGAUCGAGGAUCAGAUGUUGAAGAAGAUGAAAGCGGAUGCGGUGCAGAAGAAGAAAGAUCUGGGCAUGAAGGUGUCCGACGAGGAGUAUCGGCUGGGCAAGUCGUCGUCCUCGGAAUCGGACAGUAGCAGUUCGGACGGGGGCCUUGGCGCGGACGGUCGGCGGCGGAAGAAAAAGAAGAAAAGGAAGAAGAAAAAGGGCAGCCUCGCGCAGCAGCAGCUGGACGAGCAGCUGCUGGCCAAGAAGCAGUCGACGUGGAACAGUGCCACGUCGCCGGAGAGCAGCUCGGAGACGGAGGCAGAAGAUUACUUCGUGGAGCACUACCACUCGGAGGAGGAUGUUCGGCGGAGCCACGUGCUGAAGUCGGACCACGAGUUUUCACCUGAGUCGGACCUAGAGUCGGAAGCGCCGGCGCAACCACUGAAACGGGCCCGUACCGCCCGCAAGGCCCGACGCGCUCGCGAUGAAGAGGAAGAAGAAGACGAGAAGGAGGACGACGACGAUGAAGCGGACCACGCGUGCCAGGAGUGCAAAAAGACGGAUCAACCGGAGUGGAUUCUGCUGUGCGAUUCGUGCGACAAGGGGUAUCACUGUGCGUGUCUCAAGCCGAUUCUGUUCUCCAUCCCCGAGGGCGAUUGGUUCUGUCCGGUGUGCCAGCACCGGCAGCUGAUCGAGCUACUGGAGUCGAAGUUGACCGUAUUCGAUGCCCUGCGGGCGAAACUGGCUGCCGACGAGAAGCGGCGCCGGGAGGAAGAACAGUCGGCACGGGAAGCCGAGCUGGCCGAGCUGGCGCUGGCCGAGCAGCGCGAAGAGCAGCUGCGGGCGGAAAAGCGUGCCCGGCAGCAGCAGCGGUUGCUAGAGCGUGCUGAAGCCGAAGCGAAUCGAACGGCAGCACGGGAAGCUGCCGGCGGUGGCGACGGUGGUUCGCAAAUGGAGUCGGACGACGAGGCGGAGGGCCAGCGGCAACGCCGCAAACGUCGCCACCAACGACGCCAGCGACGAGCACCGAAACGGCGUCGCGGAUCUGGCGAUCGCGCUUCCCGAAGUUCCCGAUCGAGCCAAUCGAGCAGUGAUGGUUCGAACGAGAACGGUAAUGGCAAUGGUGGCCGCAGUGGUAGUGAUGAUACCACCGAUUCCGACGACAUACCCAUCUACAAGCUGCGGCGUCGGGCAUCGGCCAAGGUGAGCUACAAGUUCAACGAGUACGAUAAUCUGAUCGACUCGGCGAUCCGGCGCGAAAUGCGCAACUGUGACCCGGUGCCUGCCGAUGAUGACGCGGAACAGGAGGAUGAGCCGGAAGAGGAGGACGACGAUGAGCGGCACGGAAUGUCCAAGGGGAAGGACAUUAGCACGAUCAUCGAGGCGGAGGAGGAGGCACGCCGAAAGCAGGCCCUGCUCGCUGAGGGAAAAGAGCACCCCGAGGGCGACGGCAGCGGCGAUCGGCUAGUGAAUGGCGGGGAUCCGGCUUCGGUAGCCGACCGGAAGGUUGCCAAAGACGAGGACGACGGUGUCGAAGGAGGACGCAAACCGGCGGCAGUCGCAGGGAACCGGGCCGCCGGGCAGAAGAAGCGCAAGAAGAAGAAGAAGCUGUGUAAGAUCGAGUUCAGCUCGGAGGAAGAGGCAGACGACGACUCGGACGAAGACUUCCGGGGCGAUGUAAGCGGAUCGGACGACGAGGAGGACGAGGAGGAAGAUGAUGACGACGAUGACGAAGACAUGAACAGUGCAACGGGUGAAAGCGAGAGCUCGCUGGAGGUGCGUGGUCGCGGCGGUGGAGGAGGCGGCGGUGCUCGGAGACCGAGCGGUCGGGCUGCGGUCAGUAAGCGGCGGCGGAUCGUGGAGAACUCCGAGGAUUCCGACGAGGAAGAGGAAGCCCGCAGAAGCGCGGCUAAGAGUAGGAAGAACCGCAAGAAGGGCGUGCUGGCGGACGAUAGCGACGAUCUCGAUGUGGAUCUGGACGACGAGGACGAGGAGGAAGACAGCGAAGACUACGACAGCGACGAUCUGUGCAGUGACACGGAAACGGAAAGCAGUCGGAAUAGCAGCAGCAACAGCAGCAGCAGCAGUACCGGGGGCAGCAGCAGCGACGGCGAUUGGAGGCGCAAGAAGAAAAAGUCCAAAUCGAAGGGUGGCAGCAAAUCGGCCGCUGGCGGGAAGGGUGGCAUUGGUGGCGGCAAGCAUCUCGAGCGACCACCGAAGAAGACUGUCUCGAAAGCGAAGCCGCUGGCAUCGAGCGAGAGCGAAAGCGACGGCAGUAGGAGCAGCGCCGCCGGCGGUGAUGGUCCGGCCGGUGGCAAGGGCAAGGGAGGAGGUGGCAAAACGGUGCCACGCAUCGCGAAGAAGCAGGGUAAAAAGGGCACCGGGACCGGUGCCGGUGGUAGCUCCGCGGAUGGUGAAGGUGGCGCGAAGAAGACGGACCGGAAAACGCGCGGCAAAAAGAUCCACUACAUCGUGGACGAAGAUUUCGAAAGCUCCGACGACGGUAUCCGGCCGGGAGUGCAGCGACCCGACACGCCGCCGGAGGAACGGGAACAGUUCAUUCGCCGGCAGGAAGAAAUUAAGCGCAUGCUGGCGGAGAACAACGCGGCCAAAGCGAAGGAAUUGGCCAACUCGAAGAUCGAUCAGCUCGCGGCGGGCAAGGAUGGGCCGAAGGACGGAUCGCUGUCGGAUGUGCCGAUGCAGGUGAUCGAGAGCGCACGGAUACUGGACAUCGAUUUUCUCAAGAGCACCAGCGGCAACACGGCCCGCAUCGCGACGGUAGACUCGGUGGUCGAUUUCGACGAUGAGCUGCCGGAGGAUUUCGAUCCGAACGCCGACGACAUGGACGAGGAAGCGCUGGCCAAGAUUAUGGAGGAGGAAGACUUUGCCCAUCACCAGCUGAAACCUUCGGCGACGGCGGUGGCGACCGUGGGUGCGGCGUCGGCCACCGGUGCCCCGCAGGCGGAAGGCUUGCCAACAGGAACUCCUUCGAAAAAUCGCCGCAAGUCACACGAUCCAGAUGAGUUUCUCCUGCAGCAAGCACGUGCUAGCGGUGGCGCUGUUGCUCGAGUUCCCCCCGGCAAAGAGCAUCACCUGCAUCCAAUGAAUUUAGCACAAUCCGGAGCGGGUCCGGUUGGCACGCCGUAUCCAUCAAACGUGCAAAGUCCGAUGAAGGCCUUACUGAAGUCCACGCUACCGCCCCCAGGGUCACCGAUUGCCGGCAUUCCCACGUCCACCAUAAUGAGUGCGGGCAGUGGCGGUCAUGCCAGUACUAUUCUGGCCAGCGCAUUGCAAACGGCGCCGCAGCAACAGCAUCCAACGGUACCCCCGCCACCGCUGCUUAAAGAGCACCCGGGAGCUCCGGGUGGGAUGCGGCCGGACAUUCUAAUGCGUGUACCGCCGGGAAGCAACCUUCAACACCACCCAUCGCUCGCCUCCUUUGUCGCCGGCGCCGGUGGUCCGGGUUUGCACCAUAAACCAGAGCUGGCACACCUUAUCAGUGGACUGGCGGCCGGAGUUCCGUUACCGAAGGGUGGUCCACCACCGACACACCAUUCCAGUCCACAACACCACCUCCAUCACCCGCACCGGUUGCCACCGGGUGCGAUGUCGGUUCCCGCAGCGUCUAUGCUCGGUCAUGUGCCGCAUCUAAAACCACAUCCGGGGCUACCACUACCACCGACGACGGUCAGCAGCAGCAAUAUGCCGGUACCGCUUCCGUCACAUUCGAAGGCCACAGGGGCCGUUCCAGUAACGACUGCGCCACAAAUAGCACCGAUUGGUCCCUCGCCACAUCAAGCUGCUGCGACGGCGGCGGCUGAGCGGCGUCCCGGGCGUAGAAAGAAGAUUACGCCGCUCCGAGAGGACUUAAAACGAAGAGGAGGGCCUCCGCUGUCGCCAACAUCAGGACCUCAGGACGCAGCAGCAGCACCAGUGGCAACACCCUCACAAGCGCCAGGACCACCGGCUCAUCAACAGGUGUUGCCGCCACCACUGCCGCGCCAUCCGCACCAGUCGCCACUGUUGCCCCAUCUACAUCACGGGCACGCCGGUGGUGUGCGGUUGCCACCGGUAUCGCUGGGAGGGGCCACGGGUCAACCGGUGGUAGGCGGCCUGCGUCCGCCACCCAUCUCCACCAGCCAUAAUACAAUUCAACAGAAUGCAUCGGCCAUCGCUGCUGCAGCGGCGGCCGCGGCGGCAGCUGCUGCCGCCCAAGAAAUAGCGAUUAAGGUACAUUCCCGGCCGGACGGUGCCAGUGGUAGCGGCAGCGGUGGUAUGCACGCGAACGAGCCGCCCAUCUCGGUGCCCUCUUCGGUGUCACAUUUAUCGUAUUUCAGAUCGGAGAACCCACUGUUCGCCCAUCGGCUCGGUCCCUUGCCCAGCAGUAUUCUCGCUUCCAGCAGCUCCAGCCUGCAGCGGAUAGCGGCGAUGAGCGGGGCUGCCGGUCCACCGGCAGCCGUGUUCGGUGAUCCGGCGGCAGCGUAUAACGGUGGUUGGAAACCGCCGGGGAAACCGAAAGCAUCGAGCGGCCCACCACCACCACCGACGGCACCGCCGUCGGGUGGCAUGAUGAUGGGUCCUCCGGUUGGCUCGUUGGAGCAUUAUCAUGAUUACAACCCGGCGAGUCAUUACAAUCCGUACUACAACGUGCUGGACCGUGCGCACCAUCUCAGGCCUCCGCCACCCUCGCUCGGGGAGCUGCAUCGCACCAGCGCCCUAUCGCCCACCACGUUCACUACACUGCAGCCCCUAGAGUUUCAGCACGUCCUGAAACCGAGCGGAGAAAAUCAUCAUCAUCAUCAUGUUCCGCAUCAUCACCAUCAUCAUCAUCAUGCAGCGACAUCGGCUGCGGCAGCGGCGGCAGCUGCGGCGGCGGCGGCAGCGGCCUCGGUUGCCUCCGUAGCACCCGCAGCGUCGGCAGGAGACGAAGGCGCUCCGACACCGCACGGCAGUGUUCCGCCUUCGCCCUCAUCACGGACAGCACCGGCCGAGCACGCGGCGGCCGCCGUCGGUGCAACAUCGCCUCCUUCAACGGGCCCUACCGCUAGCGGCGGAGAAGAAGGAGGACGGUCACCGACGUCAGCAUUGGCGCCACCUUCGGGCGUGUCCGCUGGCGCCGCGGCGUCCUCCAGUGCGAGCAGCAGCGUUUUCGGCGAGCUCGUCAGCUACUUCAGUUCCCAGCAGGAUGAUUUAGAUUCGUAA